AUGCUAAAUCCUGAUCCAAAACGGCGACUUACAGCACAAGAAGUGUUAGGUAUACAUCCGUGGUUAAUAAAUGCAAAGAAAGCACCCAACGUUUCGUUAGGAGAAACAGUUAGAGCAAGACUAAAGCAGUUUUCUGUAAUGAACAAGCUCAAGAAAAGAGCUUUGAGGGUUAUUGCCGAGCAUUUGUCGGUAGAAGAAGCAGCGAGACUAAAAGAGGGAUUCAAGCUUAUGGAUACAAGCAACACAUGCAAAAUCAACAUUGAUGAACUACGGAUAGGUUUGCAUAAACUAGGCCAUCAAAUUCCAGAUGCUGACGUCCAAAUUCUUAUGGAAGCUGGUGAUGUAGACAGGGACGGAUAA